UAAAAAACAGUGAAUCCGAGCAGCCCAUCAGGCGGGGACAGAUCCGCAGUUUUUUUUUUCAAAAUUUCAGUCCGUUUCAAAAUUUUUGUAGGAUAUUUGUUUAUUUCUACAUUUUUUAUAGUGUUUUACACCGGGUCUAACAAAAUUUUAAGUAAUAAUCAUGCAGAGGGAGUGUAUAUCGGUCCACGUCGGGCAAGCCGGAGUGCAGAUGGGCGUGGCCUGCUGGCAGCUGUACUGCCUGGAGCAUGGCAUCAGGCCUGAUGGAACACUACCUGUUUGUGAUGCUGACCUGAGAUCCUCGGACUCGUGUUUCAACACGUUCUUCUCUGAGGCAGAUAGAGGGAAGAUGGUGCCACGGGUUGUGAUGGUGGAUCUUGAGCCUACGGUCAUUGAUGAGAUCCGCACCGGCGACUACCGACAGCUCUACCAUCCUGAGCAACUUAUCACGGGCAAGGAGGACGCCGCAAACAAUUACGCACGCGGACACUACUCCGUUGGCCGCGAAAUCCUGUUGCCUGUCAUGGAGAGGAUACGGAAGUUAGCUGACCAGUGUACCGGUCUACAGGGUUUCUUCGUGUUCCACUCGUUUGGCGGCGGCACCGGUUCUGGGUUCACGUCCCUGCUGAUGGAGAACCUCUCGGAUGAGUUCGGCAAGAAGAGCAAGCUGGAGUUUGCCAUAUACCCCGCACCGCAGGUUUCAACGGCGGUUGUAGAGCCAUACAACGCCGUGCUGACCACUCACGCUACCAUCUCGCACUCUGAUUGUGCAUUCAUGGUGGACAACGAAGCCAUCUACGAGAUCUGCCGUCGGCGGCUGUCUAUCGAGCGACCCUCUUAUGCCAACCUCAACAGACUUAUCUCACAGGUGGUAUCAUCGAUCACAGCGUCGCUCCGAUUCGACGGCGCGCUUAACGUGGACCUGACCGAGUUCCAGACCAACCUUGUACCCUACCCGCGUAUACACUUUCCUCUUGCCGCGUACGCUCCUGUCGUUUCCUCUGACAAGGCGUACCACGAGGGCAUGUCCGUUUCCGAGAUCACAUCAGAGCUGUUCGAGCCACAGAACCAGAUGGUGAAGUGCGACCCUCAGAACGGAAAGUACAUGGCAUGCUGCCUGCUGUACCGAGGCGACGUGGUGCCCAAGGACGUGAAUGCGGCAAUAGCUGCCAUGAAGGGGCGGGCUGGCAUCAGAUUUGUGGAUUGGUGUCCUACCGGAUUCAAGGUGGGCAUCAAUUACCAACCACCGACAGUGGUGGCCGGUGGCGACCUCGCGCAAGUAAAGCGGGCCGCCUCCAUGCUGAGCAACACCACCGCCAUCGCCGAGGCCUGGGGCAAGCUCGACCACAAGUUCGAUCUCAUGUUCUGCAAGCGGGCGUUCGUGCACUGGUACGUCGGCGAAGGCAUGGAAGAAGGAGAGUUCUCCGAAGCCCGCGAGGACCUGGCCACUUUGGAGCGAGACUACGACGAGGUGGCCAUUGAGACCUCCGAUCUCCCGGGAGAGGAUGAGCUAUGACCGACGAUCUGACUACAUCUUAAGGUCGC